UGUGGCAGUUAAUAUUAUACGGUGUCGGUUUGUGGUUGGGUCAAUCGUAAUCUUCAAAGUGCAAUUCUAUUUUAUUAAUCAAAUUUAUCCCUAAACCAAAAGCGCAAUGUUUCGAAUAAUUCAGGAAGUGUUAACUAAGUUAAAUAUUCUAAUCAUACAAUCCGAUGAGUCCCCGUUGAUGGAUUUUACCGUGUAUGACUAUCCGCGCGAGAUCUGGCGUUUGAAACCGGCCUGGGAAGUGGCACUGAAGACGAUCACCUUCAUACCGCUGAUACUGUUCGGUGUCCUCGGCAAUGCAAUUCUUUGCUACAUCCUCGUGCAGAUACGAGCCCUCCGUACGCCCACGAACUUGCUGAUAGUGAACCUGGCCGUAGCCGAUCUGGCCACACUUCUGAUCUGCCCGGUGAUGUUUAUGUUUCACGAUUUCUACCAAAACUACGUGCUCGGUGCAAUCGGCUGCAAGAUGGAGGGAUUUCUUCAGGGCUCAUUGCUUAUAACUUCCGUGCUGUGUCUGUGCGCCAUCAGCUACGACCGACUGACGGCCAUUGUGUUUCCGAAGCGAUCGCGCCUCACUAAGCGUGGUGCUGCCGUGCUCAUCGUCACAUCCUGGAUUGGUGGCUUUCUGCUCGCGCUACCACUCAGUAUGUACCGGGCAUACCGGGAACGUCAGUGGAAAAACUAUCUCGAGACGUACUGUGCGGAAAACACGACCUUCCUGCCGAGCUACUGGCACGUACUGAUCGGUGCGCUCGUUUGGUUUCCGCUGUUGGUCAUGUUUUGCUGCUACAGUCUCAUCUUUUUGAAGUUGGAUCGAUACGAACGACGUGUCUUAAGGAAGGAACAUCCCAUUUCGGUGUCGUACAAACGGAAGGUGGCCAAAACACUGUUUAUCGUGUUGAUCGUGUUCGUGCUGUUGCGCAUCCCAUUUACCACGCUCGUCUUCAUACGCUACAACCGGUACCUGAACGACAAUCAAAACCAGAUUGGCAAUGAUUUCCUCGUGUUGUGGUACGUUUCACAUUAUCUGAUGUAUCUGAAUGCUGCCCUUAACCCAGUGAUCUACGGUUUGACGAAUGAAAACUUCCGCAAAGCGUUCCGCAAAAUAAGUCUCUCCCGCUUGUUGUGCAUUCCGGCACUCGCUAGUAAACGCCCGUCUGCUGGGAAGGGUCGACUGGGUGGCAAUAAGCCCGGAUACGGUGGUAAGGAUGGCGCCCAUGGCAUUGCCACGAUCGGGGGACGAUUGCAACCGAGAGCUCCCUGUGGUACGAACGAAAAGAUGGCGAACCUGUCCAGUUGGAUCGUGUGUCAGGCACGGCGUGACAAUCCACCGACCAGCCCAUCGAAGGACACGAAGAUUUCACAGCUCAAGAUGACGACGGAUGGGUUGGGUGGCGAUUCACUGGCGCCUCGCGAUACGACGAUCGUUUCGGAUGGAUUUAUGUGACACGGUUGUGUGAGUAAAGCAGCCGCAUGCAGCUGGUUGUA